AUGAAGAUAUCUUUGUUGAUUGGCACACAUGAUACUAUAUAUCCAAAUAUAACAAGGGCAACAGUUCAUGAUAAUACCAAAUUGUAUCUUAGUGUUUGUUUGUUAGCAAGAAUUGAAAUAAAGAUGGAUAGAUCUUGGAUCAACAGUAGGAUGUUCAGCGAGGAACACAUGAAUGGGGUGAAUGAAUUCAUGACCUUUGUUUCCGAGAGAUUCAAUGAUGAUGAAGAGAUGCUCUGUCCAUGUCAUAAGUGUUUGAAUUGGGUUUGCAAACCUAAAGGACAGGUGCAGGAUCACUUGUAUAUUUAUGGGAUGGCUACUACUUACACUAUAUGGAUACAUCAUGGUGAACCAUUGGAGGUUGUACCACAUGAAAUUGAUGACCAUGUUGAUGAACAUACUAGUCUCAAUGAGGAUUUUGGCAUGAAUGUGGAUGAGGAAGAUGACCCUGAUGAUGGAAUUCGUGGUAUGGUAGAGGAGUUGUACACAGCUAAAGAGGAAGGUAAAGGGACAAAGUCUAUGUUUGCAAUUCUAAUGGAAGAGAUGAAGCAACAAUUGUCCCCUAGUGGUCCUUGCACAAGGUUUUCUUUUGUGGUGAAGUUACUUCAUAUCAAGUCAUUUUACCGGAUUUCUAAUGGUGGAUUCACAGCGAUACUGAAGUUGUUGUCAUCAUCAUUCCCAAAUUGCUCUAUUCCUGCAUCAUACCAGGAAGCAAAGAGACUUAUCCGUGCAUUGGGGCUCGGAUACAAUUCAAUCCAUGCAAUUCUUAGAGGUCCAGUACAAUAUGGAUGGAUGUACCCAGUAGAAAGAAGGUUGUUAACAUUGAAACAGUUUGUGAGGAACAUGGCAAGGCCUGAAGGGUCCAUUGCAGAAGCAUAUGUUGCCGCUGAGUGCUUGACUAUUUGCUCGAGGUACUUUGAUGAUGAUGUUGAGACACGACACAAUCAAGAGGGCAGGAAUAGAGAGCGUGUUGCAAUUGUGAGAGGAGACCUAUCUGUUUUCCAGCAUGGAGCUGAUGUUCUUGGAGCACCAAGUCUUACAUAUCUUGAGCAUGAUUAUGAAAAAAUGGUUUGGAUAUACAAGAAAGAGUUGGAGAAUGAAGGAUGUCCUAAUGUUCAAAAAACCCUUGAGAAGCAAUUUUCUUCAUGGUUUAAGAAGCACCACUACUAUUCUAUUCUAGUGUUCUGGUAUUCUGUACACUGCAUCUGUGGUUGGUGGCUUGAAUCUUGA